AUGCGCUCGAAAAUAUUUGAUGAUGCCGAACUCGAACGACUACGGUGUGAGGCCAUUCCCUCAUCGAAUGAAUCGGUUAUGGCUGGAGAUACGGCUUCUCAGGCCACUGACCAGUAUCCAUACUUGAAAGCCGCCAUGGAUCUUCCAGUUGUAGUUAAUUCAGACAAUGUUGAAAUACUACACGAAUCUCACACGAACUAA